GAGUGAUUAAGCUGGUUCUUGCUGAGCACAGAGCUCAUGGCUGUCCCUGGCUAAGACACACGCAGAUGCACAUAGGAGAGAAACACAACAAGAACAUCUCCAUAUGUACUGGGGGAAUCUCACCAUAGUCUCAUUAUGUAUCUGCUAGAAAAUGUUCUGACCAAUAAUUCUAGAGCAAGGAUGACGACUGUGGAACACAUUUUGGUCUUUCUGCUGAUUUUGAUCCCUUCAUGUUACAACAUGCAGACAGCACCUCGUAUCAUCACAUUAUUAGAGACAGUGGAUGUUCUACUGGAUCACAAUGCCACCUUCAUCUGUGAGGUGGAGUCACGCCCCCCUGCUGAGAUCACCUGGACCAAAAAUAAUCACCAAAUUAUGUACUAUGACACACGGUACCUUACCAAGGAAAAGGGUCAGAUGUUAAUCAUCCCACAUGUAAGAGAGUCAGACAAUGGGGAGUACUGUUGCCUUGCCAGUAAUGGCAUUGGAGAACCUGCCAAGAGCUGUGGAGCGCUUCAGCUAAAGAUGAAGCCACAGAUCAAAAGGCAUCCAACCAAUCUAACACUACUGGUAGAAUCCAAAGCAGUGUUGCCCUGUGUUACCCUUGGCAACCCUAAACCAGAUGUCACGUGGCUCAAAGAUGACGAGCUUAUCAAGGUCAAUGACCGUGUUACUAUUCUCGACUAUGGGGCAUUGAAAAUUCAUAACAUACAGAAAGAGGAUGCAGGACAGUACCGCUGUGUGGCCAGGAAUAGCUUUGGUUUGGCCUUUUCAAAGCCUGUCAUCAUAGAAGUACAAGCUCCAGCACGAAUCUUGCGGGUUCCAAAGGACAAAAGGGUGGCAUAUGGCAGCCAGAUUUCCCUAGAAUGUAAUGCCACUGGAAAUCCAGUCCCAACCAUUACCUGGCUGGAAAACGGGAAUACUAUCUCCGGAGCCUCAGUAGAGGAGACAUUAGUGGGAGAGGUGAUACUCUCUGUUCUAAAGGUGACGGUGACUAAGCCAGCCCUAUAUACGUGCCUGGCUUCCAACAGACACAAUGCUGGAGCCAACACUGUCAAAGCAACUGCAAAAGUCACUGUUGCAGUAGAGUGGAGACUUUAUAAGGGGAUCGCAGGCUACUGCAGUGCAUAUCGUGGAGAUGUUUGCCGCACAAUAUUGCACGACGAUUUGCUGGUUUUCUUUAACUCGUCCUUCUCAAACCCUGAGGACACGCAGGAGUACUUUCUUCAGAGCUGGUGGGCAGAGGUAGAAGGGCUCAGUGGGGUGUGCAGUCCUGCAUUACGCUCAUUGCUCUGCCACGCUUCCUUUCCUGACUGCAACCCAUCAGGGCUAGGACCUGCACCAAAACCUGUCUGCAGAGAACACUGCCUGGCAGUGAAGGAGCUGUACUGCCAUAAGGAGUGGCUGAUACUAGAAGGCAGCAGUUCAGUCCAGUCUGGACUCUUCAGCUCUCUCACCGGGUCCCAGGCUCCUGUUUCACUGCUGCCAAAAUGUCAGACCUUACCAAGUCUUCACACAGACCCUGAUGGUUGUACAUAUGUUCCUUUUGCGGAUUCAUUUUUCUUAAUUUUUUUCUAUAUUUUAGACAUCAAGAAAGAUCUAAUUACAAGAACGUGUUACAAUGACCGAGGUUAUUUCUACCAGGGUAGUGUGAAUGUAACCAGGUCUGGGAUACCAUGUCAACCAUGGAACCAACAGGUUCCCCACCAGCACCAUUUGUCAGUGGAUGUCAUUCCAGAGUUGAAGAAUUCAGGCAAUCACUGCAGGAACCCAGGAGGAAUCAGUGACAAGCCCUGGUGUUAUACCUUAAAUCCAAACAUACGCUGGGAGUACUGUGCUGUUCCACAGUGUGGGGAAACAAGCAUAGCAUCAGUAGUGAAGCCAGAGUCUAGAGACCCUCACCAGACCCCUCGUUUCCCUCCAGUGACAACAACAUCAUCUCCAGCUUAUUCAAUGUCUGUCAUUGUCGUUAUCCUGACUGCUCUUGCAACUGCAGUCUUUCUUGCCGUUAUCAUUCUUGGCUGCCGCAGAUGGAAGAAGCAACUGAGGAAUCGGAAGAGAGGAGUAAUAGAGACCCCGAUGUUGAACGCCCUUCCAUCAGAGCUAUUGCUCGAUCGACUCCACCCUAACCCCAUGUACCAGCGUGUUCCCCUGCUGCUGAACUCAAAACUGUUGGCCCUUGAGUAUCCCCGAAAUAAUAUUCAAUACGUCCGAGAUAUUGGGGAAGGAGCCUUUGGACGAGUUUUCCAAGCCAGAGCUCCAGGCCUGCUACCCAUGGAGUCUUUCACAAUGGUCGCUGUGAAGAUGUUGAAGGAGGAAGCUUCAGCUGACAUGCAGAAUGACUUCCAGAGAGAGGCAGCACUCAUGGCCGCAUUUGACCAUCCAAACAUAGUUCGACUCUUAGGUGUGUGCGCAGUGGGUAAACCAAUGUGUCUGAUGUUUGAGUAUAUGGCCCAUGGUGACCUCAACGAGUUCCUGCGUCGCAGAUCUCCUACCCAGUCAGUGCGCACCCUCAGCCGUGCUAGCUUGUCGGGUCGCAGUUUCUCCUCUGAGCUGGAGGCCGGGCCUCUCUCUUGUACAGAGCAGUUAUUGAUUUCCAAGCAGAUUGCUGCAGGAAUGGCAUACCUGUCUGAGCGCAAGUUUGUCCAUCGUGACCUGGCGACACGGAACUGCCUGGUUGGAGAGGAAAUGGUGGUAAAGAUUGCAGACUUUGGCCUCUCCAGAAACAUCUACUCAGCUGAUUACUACAAAGCCAAUGAAAAUGAUGCCAUCCCCAUUCGCUGGAUGCCUCCAGAGUCUAUAUUCUACAAUCGCUAUACUACAGAGUCAGAUGUGUGGGCCUAUGGUGUGGUGUUAUGGGAGAUCUUCUCCCAUGGGAUGCAGCCAUAUUAUGGUAUGGGUCAUGAGGAAGUUAUUUACUAUGUGAGGGAUGGUCACAUCCUUUCCUGUCCUGAGAACUGUCCUUUGGAGCUCUAUAAUCUGAUGAGGCUCUGUUGGAGUACACACCCAUCAGACAGGCCCAGCUUCAGUAGCAUACAUCGGAUACUAGAACGUAUGCAUCAAAACAGACUAAGCAUGAAUGCUGACACUGAAGCUGAUGCUGACUGUUAACUUCUUUUCUCUGUACAAAAGGCAUUGAUUUGCUGUUUUAAUGAUUUAAUGAAUACUUACAUUAGGCCCAAGCACUCAGUGCUGGGGAAAAAUUAUUUGUCUCCUUCAUGAUUUCUUAUUUUAUUUUAUUUACUUUAUUUUAUUUCACUUUUGCAUAUUUGUUAUACUUGCAUAUUUCACUUGAUCAACCAAAUUUUAAUUUUAGAUAGAAAUAGCCAAAGCAUGCAGUUUUUAAAUGAAGCUUUAAUUUAUUAAGCAAAAAAUACUAUCCAAACCUACCUGGCCCUAUGUAAAAAAGUAAUUGCCCCCUAAACCUAAUAACUGGUUGCACCACCUUUGGCUGCAAGAACUUGUAUGAUGCUGUGGAGGAAUUUUUUUGCCCACUUUUCUUUGCAGAACCUAUUUUAAUUUAUUGGAAGGUUUUCUAGCAUGAGCAGUCUAAGGCAAUGCUAUACCAGUCCAAAACCUUCGUUCUAUGUGCUCUCGGUGGGCUGGCCACUCCUGGUAAGUGUCAGGACAAGUUUCUUUAUUUGUGGAUAAUGGCUUUUACUGUGAUUUGCUGGAGUCCCAAAGCCUUAGAAAUCCCUUUCCCCAAUAGAGAGGGAGUGUUAUGGCCCAGUGGGGGCCAGACCACAACAUAAAGGCGACCCAUCCUCAUCAGACUUAAAGCAGCCACAUCACACAGUUGGUACAAUUUUACAAUGAUUUUUUUUAUUUUAUUUUUUUAUAAUAUGUUAUUUCUUUAGGAUGGAACACUAAUAAGGAGCUGGGUGUAACUUCAGGGUGGAAUUUAUACCAAAACAACAAACAAAAAGAAAUGAUCUGAAAUAUUUAUCAAACUUACCUAAUCAAAAAAAUAAAUAACCAAAUUGCAAUAACUGACCUCCGUACAUAAGAUAAGGAGAGAAAAGUAAAAUAAAAAUGCAGUCCACAGCAGCACUGUACUUUGCAUGCUCAGAUGGUUAAGUAAUUGCA